GCAUUAAGCUUUCGCGGGCUUUGGAUUUUUCAGAGCCAAAAGCGCACAUUUUUGUGGGUUUCUGCUGAGCAAUUUGAGCUAUUGUUGCUCGUGAGCCACCUUCUGUUUUCAGAAAAAAACAUGCGUAUGUGGUGGGGGAAGUCAUCAUCGAAAGAAUCAAAAAAGAAAACAACCAAAGAAAGUUUCAUCAACACAUUACACAAGAAGUUCAAGAGCCCAGAAAGCAAAUCUUCCGGAAGAUCAGGAGCCGCCGUCAGAAUACGUUCGAGUGACACUGUUUCUGAAAGAGGUUCUCAUUCGAGUUCACAAUCACCUACAAAAAACGUAGCCCGAUCACAAAGUCUUGCCGAACGGGCUCAAGCCCAACCGCUCCCUUUACCUGGCUUGGGCUCUGCGAAUGUCUUCCGUACAGAUUCUGCAAAAAGUGAACCCCCCGCAAGACCAAAACAAAAACGGGCCUCAAAACCAUCGUUGUUUUUGCCUCUUCCUAGGCCCGCUUGCAUUAGGCACAGGCUGGAGCCCACCGACUUGGAUGGUGACUUGGCCGUAGCUUCUAUUUCUAGUGAAUGUUCAGUUGAGAGUGAUGAUCGACAUGACUCACAUCUGCCCAGUCCUUCAAGCAACUCUAUAAAGGAUCAGUCACCUUUCGCACCGCAUGUCCCGAAGGAGUUGCCACUACCUAAAAGGCGGCCUCUGAGCCGCCAAGUGGCGAAUCUACAGGUUCCUCCCCGUAGUGUGCUUUACAGCGCACCAGAUAGCUCGAUUUCUAGUCCGUCUAGAAGUCCCAUAAGGCCUUCUAAUGAGCAGGCAGCGAAUUUGGCUUUUCCCGCUGGAAAGCUUUAUCCGGAACAUUUCUUUCUUGGGUCCGGUCAAUGUUCCAGUCCCGGCUCAGCCGAGACCUCCGGGCAUAAUUCAGUGGGAGGAGAUUUGUUGGGCCAAUUGUUUUGGCAGCCCAGUCGAGGAAGCCCGGAGUACUCGCCAAAUCCGAGCCCGCGAAUGACGAGCCCAGGCCCGGGUUCGAGAAUUCAAAGUGGGGCUGUGACACCACUUCAUCCUAGAGUUGGAGAUGAUGGUAAACAGAAAAGUCACAGAUUGCCUCUUCCUCCUGUGACAAUUUCCAAUUCUUCGCCAUUUUCCCAUUCGAAUUCGGCUGCCACAUCACCUUCUGUACCGCGAAGUCCUGGACGAGCGGAAAAUCUUGUGAUCGCGGGCUCACGUUGGAAAAAGGGGAAGUUGCUUGGGAGGGGAACGUUUGGUCAUGUAUAUGUUGGUUUUAAUAGUGAAACUGGAGAGAUGUGUGCCAUGAAAGAGGAGAUUGCUUUGUUGAGUCGCUUAAAGCAUCCUAAUAUUGUACACUAUUAUGGAUCGGAAACUGUGGAUGAUAAGUUGUAUAUUUAUUUAGAAUAUGUAUCCGGUGGAUCUAUCCACAAGAUUCUACAAGAAUAUGGAAAACUAGGAGAAUCUGCUAUCCGCAGUUACACUCAACAAAUUCUGUCAGGGCUUGCUUAUUUACAUGCCAAAAAUACUGUGCAUAGGGAUAUUAAAGGAGCGAAUAUACUUGUGGACCCAAAUGGUCGUGUUAAGUUAGCAGAUUUUGGCAUGGCAAAGCAUAUUUCAGGCCAAUCAUGUCCUUUAUCAUUUAAGGGUAGUCCUUAUUGGAUGGCACCUGAGGUCAUAAGAAACUCAAACGGGUCUAGCUUACCUGUCGAUAUAUGGAGCCUCGGCUGUACUGUUUUAGAAAUGGCUACAUCAAAACCUCCUUGGAGCCAAUAUGAAGGGGUGGCAGCUAUGUUCAAGAUUGGAAAUAGCAAAGAACUUCCAACUAUUCCUGAACACCUUUCGAACGAAGGCAAAGAGUUUGUGAAGCUGUGCUUGCAGCGAAAUCCCCAGCAUCGCCCCACGGCCACCCAACUUCUCGAGCACUCUUUUGUGAAAAAUCUGGAGAAAAACAUCUCACCGUCAGAUCAUCCACCUCAUCUCAACAAUGUUGUCAAAUCAACGGACAAUGGCCAUGCAAGAAGUCUUCAGCAGUUGGAUACUGAGGGACUUGCUAUCCACUCGUUUAGAGCAUCGAAGUCUAAUUUUCAUUCGAGUGACAUUUACAUCUCGAGGAACAUUUCAUGUCCCGUGUCUCCAAUCGGGAGCCCUUUACUCCGCCCGAGGUCUCCUCGAAACCUGAACGGGAUGAUGUCACCUUCUCCCAUAUCCAGCCCACGCACGACAUCAGGCACGUCACAAGGGUAUUUUGGUAAUUUGACAAAGCAGCCCAUGAGCCCCCGUGCAUAUAAUAGCCCCUCUUAUUGGGACCCAGACAUUCUACUCGGGCGGCCCGUCACUGGAGAAAUUUAUGACGGGCGGUCGGGAUUGGGAUCAGAUUCAGAAAUGUCUCGAUACGACAACUGGGAGAGGCUUGUGGCCGCCGUGUUGAAGAAGGAGCAGCUAUGGCAGCUCUUUCACGCCCAAUCGAGAAGCCCAAGCAGCAGCUCCGAGUCGUCUGGCUUCAGUUUCGAGCUGGCUUCUUCACCUGAUGACGUGAACUUUAGCUUUUGGAGUCCAGAUAGGUCGGCGUCUGAUCGGAGAGGAGGUGAUAAUGGUGGCGUUGGUACAGCCGCAGCCGCUCCCUCAAGCACUGUUGUUAAGGAUCAGCCCUCUGUGGAGAACCUCUCCCCCAAGAAAAAAUUGUUCUCAACUGCAGCUACAAGGAAAAGGGAUUUAAGAAUUCAAGUGCCUAAACCACUAGUUCAGCAUUAUGGAGCCUUCAGUCCUAAACCGUGUAGUCCUGUUCACUUUUCAAGACUUCAUCCAAGAACUGCUGGGGGACACUUUGAAUCGCCUGCUGAUUGGCCUGUUGAUGCACAACAACAAUGCUAUCCUUUGCCCCUUCCCCCGGAACCAAUUUCCAAUUCUUCUCCAUUAUCUCAUCCAAAUUCAGCUACAGCAUCGCCCAAGGGACCAUUGUAUAGUCCAGAAAGAGCAGAGAGUCAUAAAAGCCCUGACAUGAGUUGGAAAAGAGGGAAGCUGCUCGGUGUGGGCGCAUUUGGCAAUGUUUACCUUGGUUUUAAUAGUGAAAAAGGUAAAAUGUGUGCUAUGAAGGAGUUCUACCUGCAACCCGAUGGUGCAAUGCCAAAUCAAAGUGUCAUGCUGUUUAGAACAGAAAUUGCACUGUUGUCCACCUUAAAGCAUCCCAACAUUGUGUCGUAUUACGGAUCUGAAAUGGUUGGUGGUAAUGUAUAUGUAUAUUUUGAGUAUGUCGCUGGUGGAUGCAUCCAGAAGGUUCUGAAAGAAUAUGGAAAAUUAGGAGAAUCUGCCAUCCGCAUUUACACUCAACAAAUUUUAUUGGGAUUAGCUUAUUUGCACUCCAAAAGUAUUACACAUGGGGAUAUAAGAGGGGCCACAGUACUCAUUGACCCAAACGGUGGAGUUAAGCUGUCCUGUUUCGGCAUUGAAAGAAAAAUUGCGGUGCAAUCCAGGCCAUCACUGCUUACGGAUAGCUCUUAUUGGAUGGCACCUGAGGUCAUAAUGAACCCAAACACCUGUAACAGAGCAAUGGAUAUAUGGAGUCUUGGGUGCACUAUUAUAGAAAUGGCAACAUCAGAACCGCCCUUAAGCCAAUAUAAAAAGGGUGGGGCCAUGUUCAAGGUUGCGUAUCAUAAGGAACUUCCAUCAAUUCCCAAUCAUCUGUCUGAUGAAGGUAAGGACUUUGUGAGGCGUUGCUUGCAUGAUAUUUCAGCCCCCGUGUCCCCAAUUGGGAGUGUUCUCCCACAUUCAACAUCACCUAAAAAUCCGAACACGCAAAAUUUUCUACCACUUAAGUCCAGCUCACCGGGCGUUAAUAGUGCCGUAUGGUAUUCUCACCUUAAUCGACCACUUUUGCCACCAGAGGCAUUUCGUGAUUCACCAAAACACAUGCCCGGCACCAAUAUCACUCCUUACUGGGAUCCCGAGAUUCUCCAAAGGGCAAAGCAUUCUCGUGAGAAUAAGAAGCUUGGGAGUGCCGCGAAUGAGCAGGUUAAAGAGCAGUUGGUAAUGGCAGACCGGGUUUUGCAGCAACUCUUCAGGGCUCCUAUGACUAGCCACCACGUGGAUGGAGUGUAAAGGUUUUGGCUUUUCAAGAUUCAAUUUACUCUCCUAUAAUUUAUUUAUUCUUGUUUGAGAUGCAACUUAAGUGAAUGAGAUGGAGAUGAGUUGAGAGUUCUUUCUUGUACAUACUGUAAAGCCUUAAACAAUUUUCACUUUUUGAGUGUAAGCCCAAAGGAGUUGCAGGGUGGAGCUAUAGACACUUUGAUUAUGUGACAUUCACCCUUGUUUUACGCGUUUGUGUGUGUUUUUCUUUUCUUUUAAGGUUGAAAAUUGAAUUGUCUUGAUAUGGAGAGAAAACCAGUGGCCUAGCCUAGUAGUUCAUUUCAUGCCAAUAUCCUUCACCUUUUCAGCUUCUUUGUGAUUUUUGUUUCCACAAUAAUCACCUAUAAAUCCUAUUUCAUACUACAA